AUGUAUAAGACUAGUGAGAGGCACAUCAUUGAACCACACAAAGGCCACGUUUAUCUGUUGGACUCUCUUUAUCACAGAAAUCGUGACAUCCCUUGGAAAGCUGCUGUUGACAACGCAAUGAGUAUUUUCAAUGCACAUAAUGGAAAGAAAAUCAAGAAUUCAGCAAAAUGGGACAUCAUAAAGGGUCCUAAGCAACCUGGCAGUACAGAAUGUGGAUUUUUUGUGAUGCGAUAUAUGAAAGACAUAGUCGAAGGGUUUGAAAGGGCUGACAAUAUUUCUCUGCCAUCAUUGUUUACGAAUGUAGCCUAUUCUCAAGUUGAAAUUGAUGAAGUUCGCGAGGAAUGGGCUAAGUGUGUUUUAUUACAUGUGUUGGACUGAUCAGCUAUAUAUUUUGUUUGACUUGUGAAUUAUAAUCAAGCUAUUAAUCCUCUUAUAUCAUUCCUAAGUGUGUUCUUACACAUAGUAGUCUGUUUAUUGAAUUAUUCUCUUUCAUGGUCAGGUGUACGACAAUAAAAGUCAGGGGUACGUAGGAAGAUGUGGCAUUUUGUUUGCUUUUUUGUAUGGAUUUUCAAUCUGGAAAUGAUGAAGAAUUUGGUGAAAAUUGUGUUGAACACCAUUUUUUGUUAAUGUUUGGAUGACUACUUUAGGUACUUUGAAGCUACAAUGUUUGGAAGUUUAAGUUAUUUUAUAUAAUAUAUUUUUUGGAUUGUAUUA